AUGUUUAACAGUAAUCAAGUAUCGUUUGAUAAAUUAUUACCCCUGGAUCUAAAUGAUGACAUUUUGGGGUUCGAUUCAGUUUCAUUAACAGUAUCGAAAUCUGAAUUGCAAAUAGAUCCCCAAUAUGAAUCAUACGGAAGUCUUUAUCAUAAAAUCCAAAACGAUUCUUCGGACUUCCGUAACACUGUGACUUCUUUGUUUGAUUCAAUGAAACAGACAAAUAUGAUAAUUGAAACAGAAAUAGAUUAUCUAAAGUCAGUUGCUAGACAAACAACUGAAACAGUCGACGUAAUAAAAAAACUAUUAAACAGGAUUUUGCAAGACGAUCAAGAAGCCAUACAAGAAAUAGUAAAAAAACAAUGUAUUUUAGGACGAAUCAAACUGGAUAAUUCUUGUCAUUUAGCUGUAUUAAAGUUAGAUUUGAAGUCGCUUGGAAAUCGUGAGAAAAUCAAAAUACCUACUUACACAUACAAUAAUUAUUCUUCCUGGUAUUUGAAAAAACUCAACGUUCAACGUUUAUUUCGUAUAUGGAGCAAUAUAAUCAUCAAUAAUGUCAAUGUGCCCAUAGAAAAAACCAGGAACUAA